AUGAUGACUGAAACGUUGAAUUCGAAUAAUCAUCUCAGCCAGAAAGGCGAGAACAACAAAGUUGGUGACAUGGGAUGGAAGGCCAAACUUAAAAUACCGCCCAAAGAUACUAGAAUUAAGACUAGUGAUGUUACGGAUACACGAGGAAAUGAGUUCGAGGAAUUCUGUCUGAAGCGACCGCUGUUGAUGGGUAUUUUUGAGAAAGGUUGGGAGAAACCGUCUCCGAUCCAAGAGGCGGCCAUCCCAAUUGCCCUAGUCGGCAAGGACGUAUUGGCACGAGCAAAAAACGGCACCGGCAAGACGGGCGCGUACAGCAUUCCUGUACUGGAGCAGGUCGAUCCGACCAAGGACUACAUUCAGGCUCUUAUCAUAGUGCCGACGCGUGAGCUGGCCUUGCAGACCUCACAGAUCUGCAUCGAACUGGCCAAGCACAUGCACAUCCGCGUCAUGGUGACGACCGGUGGAACCAAUCUGAAGGAUGAUAUCAUGAGAAUUUAUCAAAAAGUUCAAGUGAUCAUUGCCACGCCCGGUCGUAUUCUCGAUCUCAUGGACAAGGACGUGGCCAACAUGUCUCAGUGUCGGAUGCUAGUAUUAGACGAGGCAGAUAAGUUGCUGUCGCAGGACUUCAAAGGCAUGCUGGAUCAUGUCAUUAUGAGAUUGCCAAAGGAGCGCCAGAUUCUGUUGUUCUCCGCGACAUUCCCACUGAGUGUGAAGAACUUUAUGGAGAAGCAUUUGCGCGAUCCGUACGAGAUCAAUCUGAUGGAGGAGCUGACACUCAAGGGUGUCACGCAAUACUAUGCGUUCGUACAGGAAAGACAAAAGGUGCAUUGUCUGAAUACGUUGUUCUCGAAGCUCCAGAUCAAUCAGUCGAUUAUUUUCUGUAAUUCGACGCAGCGUGUCGAAUUGCUUGCGAAAAAGAUCACUGAGCUGGGCUACUGUUGUUACUACAUUCAUGCACGAAUGCAGCAGGCCCAUCGAAACCGCGUUUUCCAUGAUUUCCGAUCGGGCCUGUGCCGGAAUCUGGUGUGCUCCGACCUCUUCACUCGUGGUAUCGACGUACAGGCUGUGAACGUUGUAAUUAAUUUUGAUUUCCCUAAGAUGGCGGAGACUUACCUGCACAGAAUCGGUAGAUCCGGACGUUUCGGACAUUUGGGUAUCGCCAUUAAUCUAAUUACCUAUGAGGAUCGUUUUGAUCUUCAUCGAAUUGAGAAAGAGUUGGGCACGGAGAUCAAGCCCAUCCCGAAGGUGAUCGAUCCGGCUUUGUACGUGCCGCGACCAGAUGAUCCGAACAGCACGCAAGAGGAACAAAAUGUUAGUAAAUAA